UAAUUUCAAUGGAUUCUAAUGAAACAAUGACAACAUUCUAUAAUCCAUCAUCAUCAUCAUCACCAUCACCGGCCACGUCUCCUCCGCCACCUCCGGUGAUACAAAGCCCGUGUGCCGCUUGCAAGAUACUCCGGCGAAGAUGUGCCGAUAAAUGCAUCCUCGCGCCGUAUUUUCCUCCUACCGAUCCUCUCAAGUUCACUACCGCUCACCGUGUUUUUGGAGCAAGUAAUAUAAUCAAACUCCUUCAGGAACUUCCAGAGAGCCAAAGAGCAGAUGCAGUGACUAGCAUGGUAUAUGAAGCUAAGGCAAGAAUAAGAGAUCCAGUUUAUGGUUGUGCUGGAGUGAUAUGUCAUUUGCAAAGGGAAGUUAGUGAUCUGCAAGCACAAUUAGCAAAAGCUCAAGCUGAAAUAAUUAGCAUGCAAGGUCACCAAGCAAAUCUUAUUGCAUUGGUGUGCAUGGAAAUGGAUAAACAUAAGCAACCUUUGAUCCAUAACUCCAUUAAUUUAGAUCAUCAAAGCUUUGAGGAUGAUCCUUAUUGUUUCCUUGAUGAUAUUAGUCUUUGGACAUGAUCAUUAUGAUGAUGAAGAAGGAGAAGAAGAAGAAGAUGAUGAAGAUGAUGAAGAGCAUGCACUUUGGAGUACUUGAUCAGCUAAUUCAUAAUUUGUUAAUUUCCAAGAAGAUAGUAAUCUUAUAAGUUAUAAGUUAUGUAAUAUAUAUAACCAUAAAAAUAUA